UCCCAAGUGCUCCUCAUGUUUCUAUAGUAAUUUCCAGCCAAUGAUCAGUAGGUGUCCACAUCUCUGCUUCCUCACCUCAGCACCAAUCAUCCACACACAGCGACAGGAGAGACGGACCGAGCAAACACUCUGCAGCUACACAAUACACACCGGACCAGGAGGAAACACCUCACCAUCCACAGUACACCUCCAUCGCUGAGCUACCCUGCCUGCUGUUUUUAUUCGCUUUCAGACCCACAUAUAAUCUUGUAUUACUUGUAUGUAUAAACAUUAAAGGGGCUUUGUUUUGAACGCUUACUGUGUAUCUUCACAUAUCUAGCGUUCUAUUUUCCCUCGUCGUGCAGUGAUGUGUUGCUCUGUGUUGGCAGACUGGUAGCGUCUGGAUUCUCUUUUCGCCAGGAACCUGGUAGUAUCAGAGAAGAUAUAUGAUGAAGAUGGUACAUUAUUGUUUGUAAGCUGCAUCAGAUUGACAAAGGUGGAAUAAAAUCAUAGACUUUAUUGUUAGAUCACCAAAUAAUUACAGCAAUGUCUAAUAUAAACAAUGCUCUUUGUGUUGAAAAUGGACAAAGUGCUGAGCCUUCUAUAUUACAAAAGGAUAAUAUACAGGGAAGUGGAUUAAACCCAGUUUUGGAUUAUAAUGCAGAAAUGGAAAGGUACAGAUCUUUUGCAAACUUUUACAAAACAAAUGGGGCAUUUCCACAGACUGCGAAGAUUGCUCGUAUAACAACGCCAAUUUUUCCCAGUGCCAGAAUUGGUGUGUCCCCUUGGAACUGCGAUAACGCUAUGCUGUGGGGAAGGAAAUCAGCAGCAAUAAACUCUAAUAGGACCAGCAUGCAUAGAAAUGAUUCCCAGAGGCAAGGGAAGCCUGGCGUGCCGCCAGAGACGUUGCAAAUGGCAAAUAAUAAUUUCCUCACUACCUUAUCCCCUGAACACUGCAGACCUUUAGCAGGAGAAUGCAUGAACAAGCUGAAAUGCGGCGCUGCUGAAGCAGAGAUAAUGAAUCUCCCAGAGCGCGUUGGAACUUUUUCCGCUAUUCCGGCUUUAGGGGGCAUCUCAUUACCUCCAGGGGUCAUCGUCAUGACAGCCCUUCACUCCCCCGCAGCCUCAGCAGCCGUUACAGACAGUGCGUUUCAAAUUGCCAAUCUGGCAGACUGCCCACAGAAUAAUUCCACGGGAUCCAGCGGAAACCCUGCAAAGAAGAAAAGGAAAAGGUGUGGGGUCUGUGCACCCUGCAGGAGGCUAAUCAACUGCGGGGUUUGCAGCAGUUGUCGGAAUCGCAAAACUGGCCACCAAAUCUGCAAAUUUAGGAAAUGUGAAGAGUUGAAGAAAAAGCCUGGCACGUCACUGGAGCGAACGCCUGUCACUGGUGGAGAAGCAUUCAGAUGGUUCUUUUAGUUGGCGACUACCACGUAAUCAGCACAGCCUGAAGUGAGUGAGGGAACAAGUAUGCCUGUCACAGGAAGCAAUUGCGGCCUUGAAAUCCAAGUCCAGCUCUGAAGAAAAAGUCACUAUGGUGAUGGUGGUGGUUUAACUCUGUAAUUUCCUUUCCUGUGUAAUAAUGUACCUUUUGACCGUAUCAUAAUGUAUAUUUUUGAUGUUAAUGAAUGUGUUUUCAGUGUUGUGGCUGUACAGAUAACAGUCAUUCUUAUAUAACGGGCUCAAAAGACAAUCAUGACAGAAGAGACCAUGAGGAUAACAUACAUACAACACAAUACACAUUAGAUUUGGAGCAAUAAUAUUUAGGUUAAUUCAUAUUCUUCUAUUUUUUGUACUUUUUAUUUGUAUUUAAUUUUACAUACAAUAUACGUAUUUUGGUUCUUGCACUGAAAUUAUUCAAAUAGCAGGGUUUCUUUUAUUACGGUACUUCAUUUUCAAGAAUCCAGAAGUCAAACAUAAAAAGGUAACCAAGGAUAUCGCAUUUGUUUUGUUUUCUUUGCUUAGUUGCUGAACAGGGCACAUUGUCUUGAGUAACAAGUUUCACCUCUGCAGAAGUACAUUUUACAAAAUGUGGCUUUUUUAACACAAGAAACCAAGAAGUAAAAUUUAUUUUUUUUGUUGUUGUUUUUUGUCUACAAAAAAAAAAAAGAAGUAUUGUAUAAAUUCAAGAGGCAUGUAUGGAGAGGAGAACAUUUAUUUGCAAAAUCAGAUCUACAGAAUUUGAGGUGAUGGUGUGGAUCAACCCAGAACUGUAGUUUAAUAGAACAGAUGAGCUCCAUCAGACAAGUAGGUAGAAAUAAGGGAAUUCUAUUUUACAUUUCAGGUAUUACAAUUUAGUAUUCUCAUACAGUACCUACCAGUUAUCCUUGAAUAAAGAGGAUUUUAUGUAUCUUCCCACUGCAGCAUUAAACCUGAUCUGCAUUGAUGUCUUUAAGUGAAGCAAAAGUACACAUUCCAAAUAAAUUAUGAUAUUAAUAAUUUGCUCUUGUCUUAAACCCUAUCGUUGCAUGUAUAAAUAUGUGUUUUGGUUUUAAAGUUAUAAGAAUUUGUAUAUUGUUGUUGUGAUGCUUUUACGUGUUAAAUAAAAUAAAAAAAAAUAAC